AUCACCUGGUCACAUUACCUGCUGGGCCCUUGGGGCUGUGGUCCUACUGCAGCACAGAGAAGGGGGGGUUGGCAUGGGGCAAUGUUUGAGGCACCAGAUGCACUGGGAGGACCUGGAAGAAUACCAGGCCCUGACCUUCCUGACCAGGAAUGAAAUCCUGUGCGCUCGGCCGAGAUGAGAAGCUGGAUGGUGGGCAGAAGAGAAGGAAAGGACCAGAGGAGAGAGGCAUCCAUGACACCUUCCUGAAGCUCUGUCCCCCUGGGAAGCACUACAAGGAGGCGACACUGACCACAAACCAGGUCAGCUCCCUGCCGGCCCUGAGGGUCAACCCUUUCAGAGACCGAAUCUGCAAAGUGUUCUCCCACAAUGAUGUGUUCUCCUUUGAGGAUGUCCUGGGUAUGGCAUCUGUUUUCAGCGAGCAGGCUUGCCCCAGCCUGAAGAUCGAGUAUGCCUUUCGAAUCUACGAUUUUAACGAGAACGGCUUCAUUGACGACGAGGACCUACAGAAGGUUGUCCUCCGACUGCUCAACAGCGACGACGUGUCGGAGGACCUGCUGACCGACGUCACGAACCACGUCCUGAGUGAGUCGGAUCUGGACAAUGACAACAUGCUGUCUUUCUCAGAGUUUGAGCACGCGAUGGCCAAGUCUCCAGACUUCAUGAACUCCUUUCGGAUUCACUUCUGGGGAUUUUGAUGUGGCUACAAAGACCCGAUCUGGCAGCCUCAAGGGGGAACGACUGGAACUUGGAAUUCAACCCCCUCCAGGCGCUGGGGGACUUUGAUCAGAAGUACGAUUCUGUCCCUGUCCCUCCCUCACUUCUAGGCUAUUGUUUAUUCAAUAAAGCAGAAGAAAAAGCC